GCCAUAUCUUGGUGGCUAUGAACUGAGUUGAAAGAAGAGGGGAUUGGCACAAAUUUCAUCCCAACUAACUGGGGAAGAAAUUCCGCGAAGUGUGAUUGUGAAAACAAGAUGGAGUUCAUGGCUAAUCACAGAAGAGAGAAGAUAGAAGAUGAGAUCAAAUUACGAUGCAAUAUACAUUAGUCCUGACGAAGGGUCUCGGCCUGAAACGUCGACUGCGCCUCUUCCUAUAGAUGCUGCCUGGCCUGCUGCGUUCACCAGCAACUUUGAUGUAUGUUGCUUGAAUUUCCAGCAUCUGCAGAAUUCCUGUUGUAUACAUUUUACCUUAUCAACUCACCCAAUAUGGUGAUGUAAAAAAUUGGAGGAUGACCUGUUUCAAUGAAUUCAUAGGAAUAAAUAGCCCUUCUCUCUGUAAGGUACGACCCAUACGUUCAAAUGCUGUUCAUAGACUUCAGUUCAGCAUUCAACACAAUCAUUCCUCAGAAACUGAUUGGAAAGCUGAGCCUACUGGACCUGAACACCUCCCCCUGCAUCUGGAUCCUAGACUUCCUGACUGGGAGACCUCAGUCAAUCCGGAUUGGAAGCAGCAUCUCCAACACCAUCACACUGAGCACGGGGGCCCCCCUGGGCUGUGUGCUCAGUCCACUGCUGUUCACUCUGCUGACCCACGACUGUGCUGCAACACAGAGCUCGAACCACAUCAUCAAGAUCGCUGAUGACACGACCAUGGUGGGUUUCAUUAGCAACAACGAUGAGUCCGCAUACAGAGAGGAGAUGCAGUGGCUAACAGACUGGUGCAGAGCCAACAACCUGUCUCUGAAUGUGAACAAAACAAAAGAGAUGGUUGUUGACUUCGGGAGGACACGGAGCAACCACUCUCCGCUAAACAUCGACGACUCCUCCGUAGAGAUCGUUAAGAGCACCAAAUUUCUUGGUGUCCACCUGGCGGAGAAUCUCACCUGGUCCCUCGACACCAGCUCCAUAGCAAAGAAAGCCCAGCAGCGUCUCUACUUUCUGCGAAGGCUGAGAAAAGUCCAUCUCCCACACCCCAUCCUCACCACAUUCUACAGAGGUUGUAUUGAGAGCAUCCUGAGCAGCUGCAUCACGGCCUGGUUCAGAAAUUGCACCAUCUCAGAUCGCAAGGCCCUGCAGCGGAUAGUGAGGUCAGCUGAGAAGAUCAUCGGGGACUCUUUUCACGCCAUUACAGACAUCUACACCACACGUUGCAUCCGCAAAGCACCACCUCAGUUGCUAGGAUAUGCCUGGAAGAACUGCAGUGCCUCUUUGUCCAACGAGCUGCAGAACAGCAUAGCCUAG